AUGAAUAUAUUCCGGAUCCUGGGAGAUGUCUCCCAUUUGCUGGCUAUGAUCAUAUUACUGGUCAAAAUCUGGAGAUCCAAGUCCUGUGCUGGUAUCUCCGGGAAGAGCCAGAUCCUUUUCACUCUUGUCUUCACGACCCGCUAUCUUGACCUGUUCACCACCUUCAUCUCACUCUAUAACACCGUGAUGAAGGUCAUUUUCUUGGUGUGCGCCUACAUCACAGUGUAUAUGAUCUACGUGAAGUUCCAGAAAACAUUUGACAGAGAGCAUGACUCUUUCCGUCUGGAAUUCCUCUUGGUCCCCGUCACAGGCUUGUCAUUUCUGGAGAACCACAGCUUUACCCCUUUAGAGAUCCUCUGGACCUUCUCCAUCUACCUGGAAUCAGUGGCCAUCCUUCCUCAGCUCUUCAUGAUCAGUAAGACAGGGGAGGCAGAGACCAUCACGACCCACUACCUCUUCUUCCUGGGGCUCUAUCGUGCGCUCUACCUUGCCAACUGGAUCUGGCGCUACCACACAGAGAAUUUCUAUGACCAGAUUGCCGUGGUUUCUGGGGUGGUACAGACCAUCUUCUACUGUGAUUUCUUCUAUCUCUACGUCACUAAAGUCCUGAAGGGAAAGAAGCUAAGUCUCCCAAUGCCCGUCUGAAAACAGCACCACACAAGAAGUUCCUGCAGAUGCAGUUACAGGAUCACAGCUUUCUUCUUCUGCCCCACAUUGACAAAAAUGGCUCAGCUAAGAAUCUCAAUUCAGUGCCAGUAAUACAGUGUGGCUUGGGUGGCUGAUAAGCUCUUGAUCU